GGUGCCACCUGCGCCCGAGCACCCGGUGGGGCCGGCUCAGGAUGAGGACGCUCUGGGCGCCCCCUCGCCGCGCGGCGCAGCUCCUCGUGCUGCUCCUUUGGUGCUUCGAGCUGGCGGAGCCCUUGGGCCGCGCAGUCCUUCUCACUCUUCAACCUACGAUCCCAGUAGAGUCACAAGCUGAGGCAGAUUGAACAGCUCCUGUUAAGGGGAAUGAUCCAUUCACCAUCGUCAACGAAAACACGGGCCAGUGUAUCAAGCCCCUGAAUGACUGGAUAAUAGCCAAGGAGUGUGACCAAGCAGAGGACAUGUUGUGGAAGUGGGUGUCCCAGCACCGGCUCUUUCACUUGCAAUCCCAGAAGUGCCUUGGCAUUGAUCUGACCAAGCCCACGGACUCCUUGAGGAUGUUCAACUGCGACUCCAGAGCCAUGCUAUGGUGGAAGUGCGAGCACCACUCUCUCUAUGGAGCUGCCCAGUCCAAGUUGGCUCUGAAGGGUGGACUCGCCAUAGCAAGCACAAAUUCAUCUGACCGCUGGAAGAAAGGAGGCUCGGGGGAAAACCUCUGUGCCCAGCCUUACCAUGAGACAUAUACCAUAGAUGGAAACUCCUAUGGGAGACCUUGUGAAUUUCCAUUCUUAGUGGCUGAGACCUGGCAUCACGAGUGCAUCCUUGAUGAAGAGCACAGUGGGCCAUGGUGUGCAACCACCUUGAACUAUGAAUAUGAUCAAGAGUGGGGCAUCUGCUUAAACCCAGAAAAUGGCUGUGAAGGUAAUUGGGAAAAGAAUGAGCAGAUGGGAAGUUGCUAUCAAUUUAAUACUCAGGCAGCUCUUUCUUGGAAAGAAGCUUAUGUUUCAUGUCAGAAUCAAGGAGCUGAUUUACUGAGCAUCAACAGUGAAGCUGAAUUAACUUAUCUUAAAGAAAAAGAAAGCAUUGCAAGCAUCUUCUGGAUUGGCUUAAAUCAGCUGUACUCUUCUAGAGGCUGGGAAUGGUCAGACCACAAGCCACUAAACUUUCUCAACUGGGACCCAGAUACCUUCCGUGCAACUAUGAUAGGUGGGUCAAGCUGUGCGAGCAUGGACGCCACAACCGGUCUGUGGCAGAGGUUCUCCUGUGACGCUCAGCUGCCUUAUGUUUGCAAGAAGUCGUUAAACAGCACCGUGGAGUUAACAGAUAUUUGGCCAUAUUCAGAUACCCGCUGUGAUACAGGCUGGCUGCCAAAUAAUGGAUUUUGCUAUCUGCUGGUAAAGGAAAGGGAUUCCUGGGAUUCGGCACAUGCAAAAUGCAAAGACUUCAGCAGUGACCUCAUCAGCAUUCAUUCUUUAGCAGAUGUGGAAGUGGUAGUGACAAAACUCCACAAUGAGGAUGCCGAAGAAGAAACAUGGACAGGUCUUAAGAACAUAAAUACACCAGCUUUAUUUCAGUGGUCAGAUGGUACUGAAGUUACUCUAACAUAUUGGGAUGAAAAUGAACCAAGUGUUCCCUACAAUAAGACUCCCAACUGUGUUUCCUACUUAGGAAAGCUAGGUCAGUGGAAAGUCCAGUCAUGUGAAGAGAAACUUAAAUAUGUAUGUAAGAAAAGGGGAGAAAAAAUGAGUGAUGCACAGGCUGAUAAGAUGUGUCCUCCAGAUGAGGGCUGGAAGAGACAUGGAGAAACCUGUUACAAGAUUUACAAGGAUGAGGUCCCUUUUGGAACCAACUGCAACCUGACUAUAGCUAACAGAUUUGAGCAAGAAUUCCUGAAUGAUAUGAUUAAGAAGUAUACUAUAUCUUCAGAAAAAUACUUCUGGACUGGCCUGAGAGACGUAGAUUCAAGUGGAGAGUACAGCUGGGCAAGUGUUGGUGGAGUGAAGCGAUCUGUAACCUUUUCCAACUGGAAUUUUCUUGAGCCAUCUUCUCCAGGCGGGUGCGUGGCUAUGGCCACUGGAAAGUCCCUUGGGAAGUGGGAGGUAAAAGACUGCAAAAGCUUCAGAGCACUUUCAGUCUGCAAGAAGAGCAGUGCUCCUGCUGAGCCUGAAGAAGCAGCCCCCAAGCCUGAAGACCCCUGUCCCGAAGGCUGGCAAAAUUUUCCUCCAAGUCUUUCUUGUUAUAAGCUGUUUCAUAUAGAAAGAGUUGUAAGAAAGAGGAACUGGGAAGAAGCUGAGAGAUUCUGCCAAGCACUUGGAGGACACCUUCCUAGCUUCCAUCAUGUGGAUGAAAUAAAGGAAUUUCUUCACUAUUUAAUGGACCAGUUCAGUGGCGAGCGAUGGCUGUGGAUAGGUUUGAAUAAAAGGAGCCCUGACUUACAAGGAUCUUGGCAAUGGAGUGAUCGUACACCAGUGUCUACUUUUAUGAUGGAAAAUGAGUUCCAGCAGGAUUACGAUGUCAGAGACUGUGCUGCUGUCAAGGUCAUGCAGAGGCUAUGGCGAAGAGGCUGGCAUUUCCACAAUGACAGAGAAUAUAUUUAUUUAAGGCCUUUUGCUUGUGAUACAAAACUGGAGUGGGUGUGUCAGAUUCCAAAAGGUCAUACUCCAAAAACACCAGACUGGUACAAUCCAGAGCGUGCUGGAAUUCAUGGACCUCCAGUUAUAAUAGAAGGAAGUGAAUAUUGGUUUGUCCCUGAACCUCGCUUAAACUACGAAGAAGCUGUCCUAUAUUGCGCCAGCAACCAAAGCUCCCUGGCUACUUUAACAUCUUUUGCAGGACUAAAAGCCAUCAAAAACAAAAUAGCAAAUAUAUCUAGUGAUGAGCAGAAGUGGUGGGUGAGAACCCCUGAGCAGCCAAUAAUAGAUCGUCAUUAUAUAUACUCAAGACAUUCGUGGCAUCACUUUCCUAUAACGUUUGGACAGGAAUGUCUGUACCUAUCUCCCAGGACUUGGCUUAGCGACUUAAAUAAACCAGCAGACUGUAAUACCAAGUUGCCCUUCAUCUGUGAAAAAUAUAAUGUAUCUUCAUUGGAGAAAUAUAGUCCAGAUUCGGCAGCUAAAGUACAAUGCUCUGGGAGUUGGAUUUCUUUUCUGAAUAAGUGUUUCCUAAAGCUUAAACCCAAGUCUCUUACGUUUUCUGAAGCAAGCAGUACUUGUCACACCUACGGUGGCACCCUUCCUACAGUGCUGAGCCAAAGAGAACAAGAUUUUAUUACAUCGUUGCUUCCGGAGAUGGAAGAUGCUCUUUGGAUUGGUUUGCGCUGGACAGCCUUUGAAAGAAUAACUAAAUGGAUAGACAACAGAGAGCUGACAUACAAUAACUUUCAUCCAUUCUUGGUUGGUCGGAGGCUAGCAAUACCAUCAAAUAUUUUUGACGAAGAGUCCCGCUACCACUGUGCCCUGAUGCUCAACCACCGAAAGUCACCCUUAACUGGGACAUGGAAUUUCACGUCCUGCAGUGAACGCCACACCCUGUCUCUCUGUCAAAAAUACUCAGACCCUGAAGGCAGCCAGACCUUGCAGAAUACUUCAGAGACUGUGAAGUACCUAAGUAAUCUGUACAAAAUAAUCCUGAAGCCUCUGACGUGGCCCGAGGCUCUGUGGGAAUGCCAGAAACAUGGCAUGCGCCUGGUGAGCAUCUCGGACCCGUACCAGCAGGCGUUCCUAACUGUGCAGGCGGUCCUGCGUAAUGCCUCCCUGUGGAUUGGACUCUCCAGCGAAGACGAUGAACUCAACUAUGUUUGGUCAGAUGGGAAACAUCUUCAGUUUAGUCGCUGGGCUGACAACAAUGAGCAGCUGGAGGACUGUGUGUUUUUAGACACCGAUGGGUUCUGGAAAACGUCGGAAUGCGAUGACCACCAGCCGGGUGCUAUUUGCUACUAUCCAGGAAAUGAGACUAAGAAAGAGGCCACGCCAGUUAACAGUGUUCGUUGUCCAUCUCCUGUUUUAAAUACCCCGUGGAUACCAUUUCAGAACUAUUGCUACAAUUUCUUGGUAGCAAAGAAUAGAUACAAGGCAGUAACAAAAGAUGAUGUUCAUUCUAGAUGCCAAAAUCUGAAUUCAAAAUCACAUAUUCUGAGUAUUCGAGAUGAAAAAGAGAAUAACUUUGUUCUUCAGCAACUGCUACACUUUAAUUAUAUGGCGUCAUGGGUCAUGUUAGGUCUAAUUUAUGAAAAUAAUUCUCUUAUGUGGUCUGAUGGGACCAUGCUGUCCUAUACACACUGGAGAUCAGGAAGACCAGCUAUAAAAAAUGGCCAUUUUUUUGCUGGCUUGAGUACUGAUGGCUUUUGGGAUGUUCGUACCUCAGAUGCUGUUGAAGAAAUACACUACUUUCAUCAGCACAGCAUUCUUGCUUGCAAAAUUGAAAUGGUUGACUACAAGGAACCAUAUAAUACUACUCUGCCACAGUCUAUUCCAUACGGAGAUGGCAUUUACAGCGUCAUUCAAAAAACAGUGACAUGGUAUGAAGCAGUAAACAUGUGCUCUCAGAGUGGAGGUCAUUUGGCAAGUGUUCACGACGCAAAGGGCCAGCUCUUCCUGGAAGAUAUCGCAAAGCGGGAUGGAUUUCCACUGUGGGUUGGGCUCUCAAGUCAUGAUGGCACAGAAUCAAAUUUUGAGUGGUCUGAUGGCAGUGCAUUUGACUACAUCCUAUGGAAAGAUAAACAGUCUCCUGGGAAUUGUGUUUUCUUGGAUCCAAAAGGAUUUUGGAAACAUGAAGAAUGCAGCUCUCAUAGAGAUGGUGCUAUUUGCUAUAAAUCUACAAAAUCUCCAGAGGUAUCCCCUCUUACACACUCAUCGCGAUGCCCAGCAGUAAAAGGGAAUGGACCCCAGUGGAUCCAGUACAAGGGCCACUGUUAUGCAACUGACCAGGCGUUGCACAGUUUCUCAGAAGCCAAACAGUUUUGUUCAGAACUUGAUCAUUCUGCAACUAUUGUUACCAUAGAGGAUGAAGAUGAGAAUAAAUUCGUGAGCAGACUGAUAAGGGAAAAUAAUAACAUUACCAUGAGAGUUUGGCUUGGAUUAUCUCAGCAUACUGCUGAUAAAUCUUGGAAUUGGUUAGAUGAAUCAAAAGUGAAAUUUGUCAAAUGGGCAAAUAAACGAAGGAGUAACGGUGGAAAAUGUAGCGUUUUGUUAGCCUCAAAUGAAACUUGGAUAAAAGCUGAAUGUUCACAUGGCUACGGACGAGUUGUCUGCAAAGUCCCUCUAGGCUCUGAUUACAGAGGAAUAUUUAUUGCUUUCGCCGUGCUAAUCAUCUUAGCUCUCAUCAGCGGACUGGUUUGGUUCCUCUUCCAAAGAAAACGUAUGCACUGGGCAGGCUUCUCUUCCGUCCGAUAUGAACAAGGAGUGAAUGAAGAUGAGAUUAUGCUUCCUUCUUUCCAGGACUAAAUUCUUCUAAAAGUUUGCUAAUUUGCACUAACAUGUUAGGGAAAAUGAGCCAUUUAAAAAUUUUUCCAGUGUCAGUAUUUAGUCUCUUCCCAAGUACUUUUUCAAUUGUUGAAGUUGAUAUUCUGGUAUCCAUGUUUAAUUAUUCAAACAUGCCAUGCAUAUAACUCUACUGAACAGAAUGGAAAGGAACUAAUUUUAAUGUGCCUUUUCUCUGUAAGAAUGUGGUUGGUAACUAGAAUACGUAUGUUUUAAUGACAUUUUAACAUAAUGUCUCAAAAUUUAAAUUGGUGUAUUACUAGGUCAUACAUCUCCCUUUUAAUUUUUAUGAACAUCUGGCCAAAUGCAAAAUUAGUACCUCAGGGUAAAAACAGAACUCUAAGUAAUGUCAACAUUGUUUUAAAAUAUCAUUUGUAGCAUUUGAGGGAAAGUAUUAAAGGAGAGGUGUGCUUAUUUUUUGCACAGCAAAAUGGUACCUCCUAGCAAAAUGAUUCUUAUACUAGUCCAAAUACAUUUUAUACAAAAUUACUUAAAGGUAAAAUUUUGUUCCAUUUAUAAUUAUUCAUAAAACAGUGACUGUUAAAGAUUUGGUACUUAAUAUUUUUCUCAUGUGAGAACUCUGUUAUUAGUUUGAUUAGAUAACCUUGUAGCAGUAUGGGUUUGUUGUCUUAGGUACAACAUAUACCUGUUUCCUUUUUAAAGGGAAUCAGCUAAGAGAUUUUGAAAAUUUUACAAUUUAUAUAAUGUACAUGAUAUGUCAACUUUUGACUAACAAUUUUUUUUUAUUUUUUUUUUACUUUAUAGUGAGCUAAAGAGAAGUAGUCUGUGAAGGAAAGUGUAUAUCUUGUAAUUGUAAAAAUGAAAAUUAUACAAUGAAACUAUAAACUUUGUGAUUACUACUAAAAUAUUUAAAAUUAUGAAUGAUUAAGGAAACACUGUUUUGGGUUGCCACUGUACAUUUUACCACUAAAGAUCUAUUCUUAAUAACUUCCACUGGACCUGGUGAAUGUUUUAUUCAACGUUUAAUUUAUAUUUGUACGUUAGAGUAUUUUUGUAUAAAAUCCACAAAUUUAUUUUAAAGUUUAAAAUUUUUAUGCUAUAAUAAAAUUGUAAAUAAUUAUCUAAGACAGGUUUAGUAUAAACUAAAACUAUAUUGUAGUUGUUCUGAAAUAUUUUUUAUUAAAUUUGUUAGACCAGUUAUUUUGCACUAAGAUUUAUACACUUUUAGUUAUUAAGACUUUCUUCAAAGAACUAAACUGACGUGAUGUGAAAAAUUCAGCUAUACUAGGAUACAGUAGUGAUGCUGCAAUAAAGUUGUAUUAUUUUUUAAGUAAAAAUGUUGUUGAUCCUUGUUUUAAAAAAAUCUCUAAAUUGGGCUUUAUUGUGUUAGGUAUACAGUAGGACAAGAAAUAAAGUGAGCAGCUAUUGUAAAGCAAAGAAUUCCUUAGAUUCUGUGUGUAUUUUUUGAAGAAUAAAUAUAAUCACUCCUACA